GAGAAGACCAGUGCGACUGGAUCGCCGUGCACGUGGUGGACUUCUUCAACCGCAUCAACCUGAUCUACGGCAUCGUCACCGACUACUGCACCGAUGAGACCUGUCCGAAGAUGUCCGGCGGGCAGAAGUACGAGUACCUGUGGGCGGACGGCGUCACCUACAAGAAGCCAGUGCCCCUGCCCGCCAACAAGUACAUCAGCCUGCUGAUGGACUGGAUCGAGUCGCAGAUCAACAAUGAGACGCUCUUUCCCACCAAGAGCGACGUGCCCUUUCCCAAGACCUUUGUGCCCACCUGCAAGAAGAUCCUCACGCGCCUCUUUCGCGUCUUUGUCCACGUCUACAUUCACCACUUUGACCGCCUGCUGGCGAUUGGCGCCGAGGCGCACUGCAACACCUGCUACAAGCACUUCUACUUCUUCAUCAAGGAGUUUGAUCUGGUCAGCGCCAAGGAGUUUGAUCCACUGUCUGAACUGACGAGAAGGCUCUGUGAUGGCAAUUACCGACAAUCAACCACUGGCGUUGAGAUGAGGAACGGCAAAUAA